AUGGAGAACAACAACAAGACUACACUUAAAGAAUUCAUUCUCGCUGGCCUUUCAGAAAUGCCAAAUCUGAACAGUUUUCUCAUUUUUGCAUUUAUGUUGAUUUAUAUUGUCACUGUACUUGGAAAUGUGUCCAUAAUUCUUGCCUACAAACACAGUCCCAAUCUUCACAAGCCUAUGUAUUUUCUUCUUGCCAACUUUUCCUUCCUGGAAAUAUGUUACAUUUCAGAUACUUGCCCCAAACUAUUGUCCAGCUCCCUAACAGAUCAUAAGUCCAUCUCUUUUUAUGGCUGUGUCUCACAAAUGUACUUUGGACUGCUUUUUGCAGGCACUGAGUUCUACAUUCUUGCCUCCAUGGCCUAUGACCGAUACAGUGCAAUCUGCCGACCACUGUUAUACAACAUAAUAAUGAAUAAGGUAUCUUGUAUAAGGCUUGUAGGUGGCUCAUGGGUCAUUGGUGCCCUCAAUGCUGUAAUUCACACAUCUCUUACCUUUACAUUACCAUUUUGCGGGUCUAAUAAGAUAAAUCAUUAUUACUGUGAUAUCCCACCUUUACUCAAACUAGCAUGCGUGGACACUAAGACUAAUGAAAUCUCAGUUUUUCUUAUAAGUGGAUGUGUUAUUAUUGGAUCCUUCAUAUUUACAAUGAUAUCCUAUAUCAACAUCAUAUCAGCUAUACUGAAAAUCAAGUCAUCUACAGGAAGGAAAAAGGCCUUUUCAACCUGCACCUCCCACUUAAUGGCCGUCUUUGUUCUCUAUGGCUCAAUUUUUUCGGUGUAUUUCAAGCCAAAAUCAAAGUAUGAGAUAGAACAAGACAGAGUAGUGUCAGUCCUGUACACAGUGGUGGCUCCUCUGUUAAACCCUUUUAUAUAUAGUAUUCGAAAUAAUGAAAUGAAAAGUGCUCUUCAAAAGUUAUUGCAAGCCAUGCAGAAAAAGUGCUAA